UCAGAGCUGCGGUGAAACACUCAGUGAUUCUGUUUCUGCUUCAUUUCCAGAAACCAAGCUGACAACAAACCUGGAGACAGCUGACAAGUACACAGGUUCGGAGGUACCGGUCUCAGGUCUGCUCGGGCUCAGCAUGGACAGGAAACAGUGUUGUGUGAAGCUGUCGGUGGAGCCGUCCAGAGGACUGGUGGAUGAGAAGUUCACCGUCCUGGUCCAGAAUGUCUCUCCUGGCUCUCAGCUGACGGUCCACGCUCUGCACCAGUGUGAAGACCAGUACACAUGGGAGGCGUUCGCUCACUACAUCUCCAACGCCAGCGGGACAGUGAACGUUUCAGAGGAUGUCAGUCUGGGUGGGACAUAUUCUGGAGUUGAACCGAUGGGUCUGCUGUGGAGCCUCAGACCGGUUCCAGGCAGCAAACCUGGGCUCAGGAUGAGGAAGGUGAACGUCCAGACUCCCAUGGAGAUCAGGAUCUCGGUGUACCAGGGUCACCGAACUGAAGGCUUCACAGCUCAGGAGCCGCUUGCCGGUGUGUUGGUGGAGCGCUGGUACAUGGCGCCCGGCGUUCAGAGGGUCCCGAUCACAGAGGGCGGACUCACUGCGACCCUCUUCCUGCCCUCAGGACCUGGACCUUUCCCCGGCCUCCUGGACCUGUGGGGGGGCGGAGGGAAGCUGGUGGAGUACCGGUCGGCGCUGCUGGCCUCCCACGGCUUUGCCUCCCUAGCCCUCGACUACCUGACGCCUAAAAUCACCAUGGAAACUGGAAAGAUGGUGGACAACACGUACUUUGAGACGGCCUACAGAGUCCUGCAGCAGCAUCCUCAGGUCCUCGGCAGCAGGAUCGGCAUGAUGGGCCUCUCCUUCGGCACCAGUAUUACACUGAAAAUGGCCGCUUACUCUGAAGUUGUAAAGCUGAGGUGUGCGGUCUGUGUCAGUGGGAGUCACGUGCAGCCGGUCGAUGGAUCAGUGGCAGAAAUACUGAGUUACUUCCACAAGAACGCAGAGAAGACUCGCUUCAACGAGGAGAACCAGGUGAUCUGGAGAGAUCUGCUGCUGCCCAUCCCCACCGACCCUGCACUCAAAGUGGACAUGGGACGAAUCCAGGUUCCUGUGAUGUUGGUCGUAGGAGAGGACGAUCACAACUGGCCGGCCAACGAGUCUGCACAGGACAUGAAGGAGAUGAUGGAGCGGGCGGGGAACAGCCACCUGCUGACCAUCCUGUCGUACCCGAACGCCGGUCACCUGAUUGAACCUCCGUACACGCCGCACUUCAGAGCCACCGUCUUCAAGACAGUGAACCAGCGUCAGAAAGUGAUGGCUCUGUGGGGCGGAGACACGCUGCCACAUUCCCGCGCUCAGGAAGACUCCUGGAGGAAGACGCUGGCCUUCCUGCGAGAGAAUCUGUACGGCUGCACGAAGACUGCUGCACACCUGUAACACAACGAUGAGGAUUAUAAGGUUUAUAAGUCACAAAACUAUCUCAGGCUCUAGAAAAUAAAAAUUCCAAUGAACUUUUUUUUACGUGGCUCACAGUUUGAGCUCAGAUUUGCCUGAAUCACACUCAUAUUCCUAUCAAUGGUCUCGAUAGAUGCGUGUUACUUGUCAUUAGUAACAUGCAUUAUUGUUGUGAGGUCUCCACUAAUCACAUGUGACUGAAUUAUGCAGAUAGUAUAACAAUGAGGUCCUCAUGUUCACUUGAUUUUUCCCCAUUUAUCUUCGUGAUAAUCAGUUAUUUAUCUAUUGAAGAUUGAAGUUGUGCAUUUUUUCAUACUUCUAGAAGCUUUAUGAAAAGGUAGUCCCCACAUGUGAUGAUUAAAAAGGUGGUUCCUAUCUAACAUGGAAAACCAGUAUGUGUGUGUGGUUGAGUGAGCUUGAAUAAGGCUGCUCUCUCUCUCUGUCUCUCUCUCUCUCUCUCUCUCUAUGUCUCUCUCUCUCUCUCUGUCUCUCUCUCUCUCUCUCUGUCUCUCUCUCUCUCUCUCUCUCUGUCGCUCCCCCUCUC